UUACAUGGCAGGUUAAAUUAUGGUUGCUCCUUCUUCAUAGUCUCCAGAUUGUAAAACGAAUCAUUUCCUAUCAAAAUUGGAAUAAAAACAAUCAAAAUAAAAGAGAAAAUAAUACAUGAUUAUCUUCCAUCUUUGGUAAAUUGAAAGAGAAGAUGAUAAAAAAGAAGAAAAAGAGAGAAAGAAUCUCGUAGAGAGAGAGAGAGAGAGAGAGAGAGAGAGAGAGAGAGAGUACGGUAUGUUUAGUUGGAGAUAAGUUAGACUCAAGUUACAAAAUGGGCCAAAGUUAAGUUGAGAAUAGGAUUAGAGAGUGUGUUAUAUAGUAAUAAGUUUGGGUAAAAGUGUUUUGAGUGUAAUAUUAUCUUUGGGUGCGAUACCAAUACAUUGUUAUAUGGUCGUCCGUUAAUCACGUGAUAGAAGAUUCUACAGCUUUUUUUUUAUAUUACAAAAAAAAAAUUUACUCUAUUGAAAAACUCUAUCGCAUUGGUCGUUAAGCCAUUUUAAAUUACUAGUAAUUAGACCUUUAGAGUUUUCUAAAAGACCAAGAACGCAACAAGGUUCGGAAUCGUUCCGCAGGACCGCAGCUGAUGGAAUCAAUCGGUUUGGUCAAAAUAUAAAAGUAUUGCUUACGCGCCAUCAGUACUCGUCUUUCUAAACGACCCAAAAAUAUGAAAAUAGGCAUUUUACUAACACUAUAUAAAUUGGUGACAUUAUAAAGACUUUGAGAAACCACCAAUUAGUCACAAAAUAUCAAAAGGUUUAUUUUUGGAAAAUCUAAAGGAUAUACAUGGAGGACAUGAACGAUUCGAACCCUGUACAACCAUUCUUGAGCUCUGAUGGGAGUCUGUCUGUUCAUGCUGGAGAAAGAUUAGGUCGUGGUAUAAACUCGAGUUCGAUCACGACCCCUAUAGUCAACACAACUACCUACUUCUAUAAGAACUCUUCGGAGCUUAUCGACUCCAAGGAGAAACGGAUUGAAUGUCACGAGUAUACUCGUUAUGGAAGCCCAACAACUAUGGUACUCGAAGAGAAGAUUAGUGCACUUGAAGGUGCUGAAUCAACUUUGGUUAUGGCAUCUGGGAUGUGUGCAAGUACUGUUAUGCUUUUGGCCAUGGUUCCUCCUGGUGGACAUAUUGUCACAACUAGAGAUUGUUACAAGGAGACAAGGAUGUUCAUGGAGUCUUUUCUUCCCAAAUUGGGAAUCACUGUGACUCUGAUUGAUACUGCUAAUAUCUCAGGGCUCGAAACUUUAGUUAACAACCAUAAGGUUUCUAUGUUAUUCACCGAGUCCCCAACAAACCCGUAUCUAAAAUGUGUGGACAUUGAGUUAGUGUCAGAAAUCUGUCACAAAAGAGGAACUCUUGUUUGUAUAGAUGGUACCGUUGCAACAUUUUUGAAUCAAAAGGCACUUGCUCUUGGUGCUGAUCUCGUUCUCCAAUCUGCUACAAAGUACAUUGGAGGCCACAACGAUGUUCUUGCUGGAUACAUAUCUGGUUCAAUGAAGAUGAUUUCCGAGAUUCGCAUUUUGCAUAAUCUUUUGGGAGGCACGCUUAAUCCGAACGCCGCAUAUCUACUCAUACGAAGCAUGAAGACGAUGCAUCUUCGUGUAAAACAACAGAACUCAACCGCGUUGAGGAUGGCCCAAGUUUUAGAAGCACAUCCCAAGGUGAGUCGCGUUUACUAUCCGGGCCUUCCGAGUCAUCCCGAGCAUCACAUAGCUAAGCGGCAAAUGACUGGUUUUGGUGGUCUUGUCACUUUCGAGAUUGCUGGAGAUCUCGAGACUACGUUCAAGUUCGUCGAUUCUCUGAAAAUCCCUUACAUUGCAACAUCUUUUGGUGGAUGUGAGAGCUUCGUGGACCAACCCGCCGCUAGGAACUGGGAGGUACCGCAAGAGGAAAGGCUCAAAUAUGGACUCAAAGACAACUUAGUUCGCUUCAGUUUUGGUGUUGAAGACUUUGACGACUUGAAGGCUGACAUUCUUCAGGCUCUUGAAACCAUCCCUGCCAAAACGUCAUCGUCUUUCCUCCAGAACGGUGCCGUUUCGACUAAAAACUAGCUGUUAAAGACUUUACGCAAACGCAGCCGUUUUCAUUUCCCGUAUCUGCCCCGUUCAUUUAAAUUGUUGACAUUUCUGAUAUUAAAUAAUCCUAAGAUGUUG